ACACCUGACCGGAAUCGACAUGCGGAGCUGCUAUAAACACAUGAAACCAUAAACCAUCAUAAAGCUGCUUCCGAUUCCUGCACAGAUGACUGCAAUGACUCUGCUGCUCUAAAGCGCCUCAGCACCAUUUAAGGGCACGACUCGGCUAUUUAAUACAAGAUAAUUUUAGUCCAAAGAGCGAGUCAGACAGCUGAAUAUAGUCAAUAAUGAGUGCUAAAGCAGUGAGCUGCACAAUAAAAUCAGCUGUGGCGCUGCAGAUUGGAGACGCUGUAUCUGAUUCAUCUCGCCCUGGUGUCUAUAUAACAGACAUCACCCUCGCCGAGCCUGUGAACAUUCAGGAAAUUUCUUUCAAGAACUACUACAGCGCGUAUUUGACGGUCCGUUUGCAGCGGAGAGAGGACAGUUCUGCGAAAUGGGUCACUUGUUUGAGAAAUUACUGCCUCAUGAGCAACCCACACGCUGAGGCCGGAUCACAUGACUAUUUCUCCAUCCACAGACAUCAGAUGUUGACGGAGCCUGAUAACGUGACGACAGUGAGACUCAUCUUGCGACAGCCCUCCUCCGAAUGGCUCAAUUUCAGCAUUGAGGAAAUUAGCAUUUACCCGUGUGCAAAAGAGGACUUGGAGCGAGACGUUCCUGCCUGGUUAUCCACUCUCACACCUGUAGAGGAACCUCUUGAUUUGAAUGGACUUCCUGAUCCAGAGACGGUUUCCUCCAGCAUUCAGCAGAUGUGGGCACUCACUGAGAUAAUGCAGGCGAGCCAAACCGCAGCUUCCAUUGGACGUUUCGACGUGGAAGGCUCUUAUGACGUCAAAUUGCUAUCGUACACAUGACGGGAAAGCUGAAAAUUGAACCAUAUUUCAAGAUCUCUGACUGUUUAUUCAGUUUAUAAUUUAAUUUAGUGACUUAAUAUUUAAUAUUGGAAUUACUGUUCAUAUACAGUGUGUUUUAUUUAUAUUUUAUUCCAUAUAAUGUUUAUUAUAAGGUUCUAGAAUAUUUUAACCUACUUUACAUUAAAUGUCUAUCUAUAAUGGUAUAAUAUGCUUUUUUUGAACCUUUCAGCACAGUAUUAAUACGCACAAACAAUUUAAAAUUCAUUGGUCAAAAGUUAUGGAGAGCCUGUAUCUUAUCAGGUGAUAUGUAAAUUAGUAAGAUUGCUUUAUGCAUUUGUGUUCUCACAUGCAAUAAAAUAAUCGUCCAUGCGUGCAAAUGUUUCUUAUUCA